GUGGUGUGCGCGCCGGAAGCUGCUCGGGUAGAGGCUGUGCCUGUAGUGGGAUCUAGUGGCGGCAGGAGAAAUGGCUGCAGAGGAAUCCCAGCUCCUGUUGGGCUCCAGGGAGCCAAGUGAGCAAUGGCUGGUGCCUGCUGAGAGACGCUUUGUGCCUGACACCUACCUAAGGUAAAUUUUUCCAUAACCUUAUGGAGAAAAAGGACUUUGAAGCAUGGCUUGAUAACAUUUCUGUUACAUUUCUUUCUCUGACGGACUUGCAGAAAAAUGAAACUCUGGAUCACCUGAUUAGCUUGAGUGGAGCAGUCCAGCUCAGGCACCUCUCCAAUAACCUAGAGAUUCUCCUUAAGCGGGACUUCCUCAAACUCCUUCCACUGGAACUCAGUUUUUAUUUGUUAAAAUGGCUUGAUCCUCAGACCUUACUCACAUGUUGCCUCGUGUCAAAGCAGUGGAAUAAGGUUAUAAGUGCCUGCACAGAGGUGUGGCAAACUGCUUGUAAGAACUUGGGUUGGCAGAUAGAUGAUUCUGUUCAGGACCCUCUGCAUUGGAAGAAGGUUUACUUGAAGGCUAUUUUAAGAAUGAAGCAACUGAAGGACCAUGAAGCCUUUGAGACAUCCUCAUUAAUUGGACAUAGUGCCAGAGUAUAUGCACUUUACUAUAAAGAUGGACUUCUUUGUACAGGUUCAGAUGACUUGUCUGCAAAGCUGUGGGAUGUAAGCACAGGGCAGUGCAUAUAUGGUAUCCAGACACACACUUGUGCUACAGUGAAGUUUGAUGAGCAAAAGCUUGUAACGGGAUCCUUUGAUAACACAGUAGCCUGUUGGGAAUGGAGCUCAGGGGCCAAGAUCCAACAUUUCAGAGGGCAUACAGGUGCAGUUUUUAGUGUGGACUACAAUGAUGAACUUGAUGUUCUGGUCAGCGGUUCUGCAGACUUCACUUUGAAAGUAUGGGCCUUAUCAACAGGAAUGUGCCUGAAUACACUUACUGGACACACUGAAUGGGUCACUAAGGUGGUUUUGCAGAAGUGUAAAGUCAAAUCUCUCAUGCAUAGUCCUGGGGAUUAUAUUCUUUUAAGUGCAGAUAAGUAUGAAAUCAAGAUUUGGCCUAUUGGAAGAGAAAUAAACUGCAAAUGCUUAAAAACCCUGUCCGUAUCUGAAGAUCGCAGCAUCUCACUGCAGCCCAGACUGCACUUUGAUGGUAAAUACAUAGUGUGCAGUUCAGCUCUAGGAUUGUACCAGUGGGACUUUGCCAGCUAUGAUAUUCUCAGGGUCAUCAAACCUCCUGAUUUUGCAAACUUGUCCUUGCUGGGCUUCGGAGAUAUAUUUGCCCUAUUAUUUGAUAACAAAUAUCUGUAUAUAAUGGACUUGAGGACAGAAAAACUGAUUAGCCGGUGGCCCCUGCCUGAAUAUAGAAAGUCAAAGAGAGGUUCGAGCUUUCUGGCUGGUGAAAUGUCUUGGCUAAAUGGACUAGAUGGCCAAAAUGACAUGGGCCUGGUUUUUGCCACCAGUAUGCCAGACCACAGUAUUCAUUUGGUAUUGUGGAAAGAACAUGGCUGAAGAUGUGGCAGGAUAUUCAUGAGUCUGGGGCUGGAAGCAGUGUGUCCAUGAAAGAAGACUUUGCAUGAACCAAAGUUGCACACCUAAUGGUAUCAUCAUGCAAUGCACAAUCAUUUAUCUUUUGUUUUCUAGGGCAUUUGGGAGAGAUGGGCUUGUUUUGACAUAAUACAACACAGCAUGCUAACAAUAUUUGCCAAUGAAUUUAAUCUGUACUCGUAUUUAAGCAUACAUAUUUGGGUUUUCUUGACAAAGUAUAGAUUAUAAAAAUUUAAAUCACUCAGAUUUAUCGUUUAAGUCUAAAAUGAAAUGGUGUUUGAUCUGAAAGACUUCUAUCCUAUAUCUUUUGCUGAAACAAAAGGUGAAGCUACUAUCUUGUUAUGAUAGGCUUUUAUACAUGUAACAUCAAGUGCUAAUCACAGUGCUAAAACUGCACCAGUACAAAGAAUACUCAGUGCACAACUGCAUGGUUUCCUCAACUAUCAGCCUAUUCAGGAACUUGGUUUCUCCUUAUUGUAGUUUUAAACUCUUAGCAACCUGAAGUCAAGGUUCUUCUCGGCUCCUUGGAGCUUGUUUCUGGGACCUUGAAGUGAAAAAAUUCUCUAAGUCCUUUUGCCACUAUCAGAAUAUUUCUUGAUGACAGCGAUAGCUUGUUUCUUUAAGUAGGGUGCUGUGUUCAUGUGAUAUUCCCAUCCCUUGGCCAGACUCGGGCAAAUUCUUAGACAUAAGCAGCAUAAAUAACUGCAGGAUUUGAACUUGGAGAAUUUGUGGGCAAUUUUUUCCACAGUUCACUGCUGGAGUGGAAUUGCCACAGAAAUAAACAAUCUUUUCGUGGACAGGGAUACAACACAAUAAAACCAACCUGCAAGUUUAGUGUGCCAUUGCACAGUUAUUGAAUAAAUAUUUUGGACCAUGUGUUGGUCUUUCCUCAGGGACUGAAACAUGGAAUAUUUAUUUGCACAAAAUUCUCCAGCAGUUCAUCCAGUAUGGCUUUAUUAACAUUGCAUAACUUUUCUAGAGUUUGAUUGAGCACAGUUUAAUCCAUACAUUUAGGGAAAACAUUAAGGGAAAGGAACUUGUUUAAGGCCGAGGCAGCAGGCUUUAGGCUCAGACAUUGUGUAUCAAAUGACAUCUAAGGGCUGUCUACCAUCCAACAUAAGAGUGUGCUAAUGAGUACAGAAGUACCUGUUAAAUCUGGAUUGGAGAAGGAGGAUGAAAAUUGUGACAUUGUGAAUACACCCUGUUUUCAUAAGAGUUCAGGAGUUCUAAACAUAAAAGAAUAGAACUAAAAUAAUCCACUGUACUCUUCUCUGACCAGUUUUACUAGGCCUGACCACUGUAGAGGGUAAAGAUUUUUAGUAAAUAUUUUUAAUAGUAGGUAUUCAAAUAUUAUGCUGAAUCUGACUUUUAUAUUUAAAAGCUGUAUCUAUCAUUACCUGACUCCUAUGCUUUAGAACUGCAUUUCUACAUUUUGAAAAUAAAAUUUCCCCUCCA